AUGCCCGAUACUGUAUUAGAAGACAAAUGGAAAUUAAAUAUACAUUAUAUACCAAUUGUAACCCUAAAAUUGGGUACCAGUCUUAAUCCUGACUACAUAAAAGAAGGAGACGUUGUGUAUUUUAUGUGUAGCGUUAAAGCUAACCCAAAGACUACUCGGCUUACGUGGUAUAAAGGGACUGAAGAGAUCCAUCACAAUGCAGAUGCUGGGAUUAUACUAAGUGAACAAACCUUAGUAUUGCAAAGUGUGAACAAAUCAGAUGCAGGCGACUACAGCUGUAUUGCUCACAAUAGUGAAGGCAGUGCCACCAGCAAUCUCGUUUCACUAGAGAUAAGCUAUGCUCCAAUGUGUGAAGUCAAUGAGACUGGGGUAUAUGGAGCGUUGGAGUAUGAAACAAUCCAACUGCAAUGCUCCGUGAAUUCAAGUCCGCCCCCUUCGAGUUUCAUGUGGAUAAUGGACAGUUUAGGGGAGCAAACACAAAUACCGUCCAACUUGUUCACAACAUCAGGAUUAUCUUCCACACUUCGUUUCACACCCACUUCUGAAACAGACUUUGGAACAGUACUCUGUAUUGCAAACAACUCCGUGGGGACCCAGGUGAUUCCAUGCCGUUACGAGCUAGUGGCAGCUGGUCACCCGAUGCCAUUACAGAAUUGCACAAUACUGAAUCACAGCGACAUCGGUCUACAUGUGACAUGCGAUGAGGGUUUUGAUGGCGCUUUGCCCCAAACAUUUUACUUGGAGGUGUACGAGCUGCCGUCAUUGAUCAUAUCCCUUUCACCCGUGCUGGUGUCCAUAUUGGCAGUAGUCGCCCUGUUAUGCGCUGGUAUAUGUGGGGUCAUAACAGCUCUGUACCGACGACAUACUGCUAGCAGGCUUGAUAGACCGCGUGCUGCGGGACUCUAUAUUGAUCAUAGUGUAGAUUCAAUAUCAAAGCAAGACCAUUUGAAUACUUACUGUGGUUCUCCAAGUCUUGAUUACUGUAAUAGAUACGAGUUGAAAAUGGACGGAGAAUUGGAAGAAAUAGAUCCUGAUAUAAUACCAUGUAAUUAUGAUAAAAAAUCUAUUUCAGAGUUUAAUAAUUUACCUACACCUGGGACUGAUAUUGGUUCCAGUAGAAUAUUCUGCGAACAAGUACUUAGCAUUCCUACAAGCGUUUCAUUAUCGUCUAAUAUAUCUGUGGUGAAUAGAGGUGUGUGUGCACGAAGCUCGGACAUCGCCGCGGCGCGACAUCUAGCUAAUUUAAAUGUUCGUGAGAGUUGUAUUUAA